GAUCUUUUCGUUGUUUCAAUUCGAUUUCUUAAAUGAUGAAUCUGUUUAUGUUACUCUGAAUCUUCGUGAUCUUAUGAUGGUUUCAAUCUGUGUAUUGGAAUUCUGGUUUUGAAAUGGAAAAAUCUGUGACUUCAUCUUUCCGUGAAAUGCUGAUUGUAGGCAUUUUCUUUCUGUUUUGACGGUGAAUGUAGCGGUGGAGCGGUGGCCGGCAGGGAGCGUUGACUAAGUGAAAGCUAGAAUUGAGAGAAGAAAAAUGAAACUGACGCCGAGAGAAGUAGAGAAACUUUGCCUCCAUAACGCCGGAUUCCUCGCGCAGAAGCGUCUUGCUCGUGGACUCCGCCUUAAUCACACUGAAGCUGUGGCUCUCAUAGCCAGUCAGAUUUUGGAAUUUGUUCGUGAUGGUGAUAAGAGUGUGGCACAAUUGAUGGAUAUUGGUAGGCAACUCUUAGGAAGGAGGCAAGUUCUUCCUGCUGUUCCACAUCUUUUGGAUACUGUUCAGGUUGAAGGGACAUUCCCUGAUGGGACAAAGUUAAUCACUGUUCAUGAUCCAAUUGCUAGUGAAAAUGGAAACCUCACUCUUGCUUUGCAAGGUUCUUUUCUUCCAGUGCCUUCUGUAGAGAGUUUUAUUGAGAUAGAAGAUACCAAAAUUCCUGGUGAGGUAGUCUUUGGAGGUGGGAGUAUUACACUUAACCCUGGAAGGAAAGCAAUACGCCUUAGAGUUACUAACACUGGAGACAGGCCAAUACAGGUUGGCAGUCAUUACCACUUUAUUGAGGUGAACCCUUUCUUGGUUUUUGAUCGAAGAAAAGCAUAUGGCAUGCGCCUAAACAUACAAGCAGGGACAGCCACACGUUUUGAGCCUGGGGAAACCAAAAGAGUUAUACUUGUAAGCAUUGGAGGCAAGAAAGUGAGUAGGGGAGGAAAUGGCAUUGUUGAUGGUCCUGUUGAUCAUGCCAAAAUUGAAGCAGUAAUGGAAACUGUAGACAAAGGGGGCUAUGGGAAUCUUGAAGAACCAAAUACCAGUGAAAAUCUCACAGGGGAAGAUCCUGCUUUGACCACAAUAGUUUCUCGUGAAGCAUAUGUUAACAUGUAUGGCCCUACUACUGGUGACAAAGUUCGGCUUGGUGAUACUGACUUGUAUGCUGAAGUUGAGAAAGACUUUGCUAUUUAUGGUGAUGAAUGUGUAUUUGGAGGUGGAAAAGUUAUAAGAGACUGCAUGGGACAAGCUUGCGUGCUUCGACCUGAUGAGCCUGUAGAUACUGUCAUAACAAAUGCCAUAAUCAUUGAUUAUACUGGAAUAUUUAAGGCAGAUAUUGGUAUUAAAGGUGGUCUUAUUGUUGGCCUUGGGAAAGCAGGCAAUCCAGAUGUCAUGGAUGGUGUUCUUCCUAACAUGAUCAUUGGUGUUAACACUGAGGUUAUUGCUGGAGAAGGAUUCAUUGUAACCGCAGGAGCCAUAGAUUGUCAUGUGCACUUCAUAUGCCCUCAACUGAUGCAUGAAGCAAUAUCAAGCGGUAUAACAACUUUAGUGGGAGGUGGAACUGGACCGGCUGAUGGAACCCGAGCGACUACAUGUACUCCUGCUCCAUUUCAAAUGAAAUUAAUGCUGCAGUCAACAGAUGACUUUCCUCUAAAUUUAGGCUUCACAGGAAAGGGCAAUGGAUCAAAACCUGAAGAGCUACAUGAAAUAGUUAGGGCUGGAGCAAUGGGGUUGAAACUACAUGAGGACUGGGGAACUACUCCUGCUACAAUAGACAAUUGUUUGACUGUUGGAGAACAACAUGACAUCCAGGUUAAUAUUCACACAGACACCUUAAAUGAAUCUGGAUAUGUGGAACAAACAAUAUCUGCUUUUAAAGGAAGAACUAUCCAUGCUUAUCACAGUGAAGGUGCUGGUGGUGGUCAUGCUCCAGAUAUCAUCAAAGUAUGUGGUGUUAAAAAUGUCCUUCCUUCGUCAACAAACCCAACACGACCUUUUACUUCUAAUACCAUAGAUGAACAUCUUGACAUGCUGAUGGUGUGCCAUCAUCUUGAUAGGGACAUUCCUGAAGAUGUUGCUUUUGCUGAAUCAAGGAUAAGGGCUGAAACAAUUGCUGCAGAAGAUAUACUUCAUGACAUUGGAGCAAUUAGCAUUAUAUCUUCUGAUUCACAGGCCAUGGGUCGUAUAGGAGAGGUGAUAUGCAGAACUUGGCAAACUGCCCACAAGAUGAAGUCGCAAAGGGGACCAAUUGGUCCUGGUGGAUCAGACAAUGACAAUCUUAGGAUCAAACGCUACAUUGCCAAAUACACCAUAAAUCCAGCAAUAGCUAAUGGGUUUGCUAAAUUUGUUGGUUCAAUUGAGGUAGGUAAGUUGGCCGAUCUUGUUUUAUGGAAGCCAUCUUUCUUUGGGGCGAAACCUGAAAUGGUGAUUAAAGGCGGUGCAAUUGCCUGGGCAAAUAUGGGCGACCCUAAUGCGAGCAUACCGACACCUGAACCGGUGUUAUCAAGGCCCAUGUUUGGAGCGUUUGGCAAGGCUGGAAGCACCCACUCUAUUGCUUUUGUCAGCAAGGCAGCUUUAGAUUCUGGGGUUAAAAAGGUAUACGGGCUCAGAAAGAGGGUUGAAGCUGUUGGCGAUGUUAGGAGACUAACCAAGCUUGACAUGAAACUCAACGACGCCCUGCCAUCCAUCACUGUGGACCCUGAAACAUACACCGUGACUGCAGAUGGUGAGAUCCUCACCUGUGAUGCAGCAACCACGGUUCCCCUGUCUCGGAACUACUUCCUCUUCUAGACUAGUAAUUUUUUACAAUAACUCCAGGCAUUGAUCCCUCUCUCUCCGUUAUGGGCAGUGUAAGGAUAUACUAAAGCAGUGCAUGUGAUGAUCAUUUCAAGAAAUAAAUCGUCUAUCUCUGUACAAUUAUAUCAACUAGAAUACUGUUAGAGAGCAGACACAAACCUUGCAUAGGGGUUGCUUAUUUGAAAUUCAUGAUAAGUCUUGAAAUUCUUUGACAAAUUCUCUGCCAGACAUGAGGAAAUAGAGGAGACGCUACGUA